AUACUGUGAAUUCACGACGUUGUCGUGACAAUCUUCGAAGCACACAAUCAUGGCUUUUCUGGAUAAGGCUAUACAACUUGUCACUAUCAGAAGCUUUGCAUAUUGUCUUCUGGCGUUUAUUCUGUAUAGGAUCGUGGCCCAAAUCAUCUACUAUCGUUACUUGCAUCCUCUCAGAGACUUUCCAGGUCCUUUUUGGGCGUCAGUCACUCGGUUGUGGAUCGGAUGGCAUUGCUGGAGACAGACAGAGCUCGAAACAGAGAAAGCGCUACACGAAAAAUAUGGACCUGUAUUGCGCAUUACGCCCACCCUUCUACUGGUCAGCGAUUCCUCGAAGCUGCCACUGAUAUAUCAUCGCCAAGCGAACAAGACAGACCAUUAUGUUACAGGUUCGUUUGGGAUAACAGAAAGUGUUUUCAACAUGAAAGAUCACCGAAUGCAUGCCAGGUUUCGAAAGCAUAUAGCAGGACCUUAUAGCUUCACCAAUAUCAAGAAGAUGGAACCCCUCAUCGACGGCCAAAUGCAGCAUUGGAUAGGAAAGAUGGUGGAAAGAUAUGAAAGCACAGGACAAUCCUUCGAUUUGUGUGACUGGGCUGUAUACAUGGCAUAUGAUGUCGUCUCCGAGCUCGGGUUUGGCGCUGCCUUUGGUUUUGUCGAAGCAGGAAAUGAUGUUGGAGGGCUAAUCAAGGGUUUCCACGACGGCAUGGCCUUGUUCGGUCUUCUGGCCAGAUUUCAUCCCUUCACCACCUGGAUCAAGACAACAAGUCUGGGAAAGAAAAUGCUUGUGGCCAAACCGGAAGACAAAUCUGGCAUCGGUAUUUUGAUGCGGUAUCGUGACAAGCUGCUCGAUGAACGUCUACGGCAAAUUGAAGAAGGUGCGAAAAUAGACCGGGUUGACCUUCUGCAAACUUUUUUGAAUGCUCGCACCGAGGAUGGGCAGCCCCUCGACAUGGACUACAUCCGGGCCGAGAUUCUUCUGGUACUGCUAGCCGGUGCAGAUACAACAGCCACCACGUUUCAGGCAAUGUUCUUUUACAUAAUGUCAACACCUCGGGUUUACGACAAAGUCAUGCACGAAAUCGAUGCGGCAUCACAGGCAGGUUUUCUAAGCGACAUGGCCCAGUUCGAUGAGGUCGUCGCACAUUGCCCGUACUACGUGGCUUGUGUCCGCGAGUCGAUGCGAUUAUGUCCAUCUGCACCCAAUAUAUUCCCGCGACUCGUCUCAGAGGAUGGCAUUGAUCUCUACGGGCGAUAUGCUCCACCAGGCACAGAAAUUACAUGCAACCCAUGGCUACUGCAUCGCGACAAAGCAUUCUAUGGGUCCGAUGCUGAUCAUUUUAGACCAGAGCGUUGGCUGGAAAGCGAGUCUCGAACGCGAGAGAUGCUCAAACAUAAUUUUGCGUUCGGCUAUGGCUCCCGCGUCUGUCUCGGCAAAGACAUUGCGAUCAUGGAACUCUACAAAGGUCCACUGCAGUUUUUCCGCCUUUUCGAUGCCCAACUUGUAGACAAAACUCGCGCAGGAAGAUUCAUUGUCCACGGAGGUGUUGGCUUCUGGGAAGACAUGCAGAUCACCGUCAAGGGACGAUCGACAAAGAAGUUCUAUGAGAAGACGGAGGAUUCAAACAGAUCCGUAAUUGCUGAGAGACUGUUAGCAUAGUUCGGGCGAAGCUGCGCCUGUACUUGUUCUCUUGGUGGUGUUGGAUAAUCGUUUAAUCAAGAUUUGACUGACCGUUUCUUGGUCAUUGACACAGAUUGUCUUUGGAUAUCGACUUGGCGUACACGACAAAAAGA